AUGGUUACAGAAGAAUUGGAAAACCAGGGGACAAAACCAGGGAGAUCAAACACUGGAAAGAGAUCAAGAUCGAGGUCACCUAAGUCUUGGUCACCAACUAUACAUUCCCCAAAGGGAAGAGAAAAAUGGUCACCCAAAGAAAGGCAGAAAAGUAUGUUUCCAACUUUGGCCCCCACAGCUGGAAAGAUGCAUCAGUCAGGACUUACACAGUCACAUAGGGAAGAAAGAAAUGUUAAGAAAAGUACUAAGCAGGAUGUUCGAGAUCCCAGACUGCUGAAAAAGAUGCGUGAAGGUCGGCCUCAAGAAACUGCAAGUAAACAUUCUAUGAGGUCAGAUGCUGAGCCAAAAGAGAAUAUAGAGAAUUGGCAAAGCUCUAAGUCUGCAGAAAGAUGGAAAUCUGGUUGGGAAGAAAGUCAAAGCUUCCAACAGUGUGAUGACCAGAGUAAAGCACCUCAUCUAAGGCAUAAGGAGAGCUGGUCAAGCACUAAAGGAAUCUUGUCACCUGGAAGCCCAAAGCAGCCCCAUGGAGCAAGGGUAGAUGCCAAUCUUGAGAUUCCUAAAGACUUAACUCUGGCAAGCCAAAGAGAAUUCCUUCAAAAGACGAGUGAACGUUUAGCUUCCGGUGAAAUUACACAGGAUGAGUUCCUUGGUGUUGUGCAUCAAUUUCGACAGCUUUUUGAGGAUCAAGAUGGUGGAGGAGAGGAGCAGACAUCUCCCUUCAAUGAUGGAUUUCCACUUAAGCGACCUAGAUAUGAAGAUUCAGAUAAAGCGUUUGUAGAUGGCCCAGCAUCAAGAUUUGUUGGCCUCCAAACAAAUGAGCGGCUUCCAGCUUUAGCUGCAGACCGACCAUUAUUUGAUGGGCCUGGUAAGCCAUCUGUGAAGAGAGAUGGCCCAGCCAAGAUAAUUUGUGAAGGACCUAAUAAAUUAAGCCCUAGAAUGAAUGGACCUCCUACAGCAGGUUCUUUUCUGUUUGAUGGGUCACCAGGACCAAUGGGAGGAGGAGGCAUUAUGCCAUUCAAAGGACCAAAAGGUCAGUUUGGAGGUGGGGGCCCUUUGAGAUUUCAAGUUCCUCCAGGACCAGUAGGAACACCUCUGUGGUGUGAAGGGACAAUUGGUCAAGGAGGACGAGGAGGACACGGUCGAGGAGCACGCGGUCGACCAGGACGAGGACGAGGAGGAGGCAGUAUUCGAUUUGAAGGUUCAACUCGUGUGACUUUUCAGGGAUCUACAGGUGUUAGGAGAUUUGAAGGACCAGGGAGUAAGCCUGGGGGUGGUCUGAGGUCUGAGUGCCCUCAUGGACAGACUGUGGGUAGUCUUAGAUUUGAGGGGGAUCAUGGUCCAUCAGGGGCAGCAAUUAGGUUUGAUGGGCCUCAUGGUGAGCCAGGUGGUGCUAUCAGAUUUGAGGGCCCUUUGCUACAGCAAGCUGCUGGAAUGAGGUUUCAGGGUCCCCAGGGUCAGUCUGUAGCUGGUCUGAGAUUGGAAGGAUAUAAUCAACUAGGUGGGAACCUUAUUUCUGAGGGACCACAUGGCCAACCAGGUGUUGGGAUCAGGUUUGAAGGACCUUUAGUACAAAAGGGGGGUGGAAUGAGGUUUGAGGGUCCUGAACCAGGAGGUGGCCUGAGAAUUGAAUCACCUCUGGGUCAAGGUGGUCCCCGAUUUGAAGGUUGUCACUCUCUAAGGUUUGAUGGACAGCCAGGUCAGCCAUCACUUUCAAGAUUGGAUGGAACACAAGGCCAGCCAGGUCCUAGAUUGGAAAGAACUGUUCAGCCAGGUCCACAGAGAUUUGCUGGGCCACCUGGACAGCAGGUUCAACCGAGAUUUGGUAGUGUACCUCCAAGAUUUCAUGGGCCACAACAGGAGCAAGCAUCAAGAUCUGAUAUUCCUCUUGGUCUGCAAGGUCCCCAAUAUGACAUUCAUCCUUCACAAAGGCUUGAAUCUUUCAAUCAGACUGGCCCAUAUAAUGACCCACCUGGCAAUGCUUUGAAUGUUCCAUCUGAAGGACUACAAUUCCAAAGGCAUGAACAGAUAUUUGAUACACCUCAAGGACCAAAUUGUAAUGGACCUCAUGGCCCUGGAAACCAGAAUUUCCCAAAUGCCCUUACCAGAGCUUCAGGACACUCUUUUGAUGAAAAGAAUCUUCAGAGUUCUCAGUUGGGAAACUUGGGCAAUUUACCUAGUCCGAUGUCAGGAGGAGAUAUUCAGCCAUCUCAAAAGGUUGUGACUGGUGUUGCUCAGCCAGUAGCAUUUGGCCAAGGACAACAGUUUUUACCAGUUCAUCCACAGAAUGCUGGAGCUUUCAUUCAAAAUGCUUCAGGAGGUCUUCCUGAAGCAUAUCCUGAUCAUCAUCUCAGUGAGGUGGAUGUAAAUGAAUUGUUUUCAAAACUGGUAAAAGCAGGAAUUCUCAAAUUGUCACAGCCUGAUUCAACUGCAACCCAGGAAAAGGAGGCUGAUGCUCAGCAUCCCCCUGAAGAGGGGAAGGAUCAGAAUGAAGAUCAAGAUGUUCCAGAUCUCACUCAUUUUACAACUGAAGAAUUGAAACAACGUUAUGACAGUGUCAUAAACCGGCUGUACACUGGGAUUCAGUGUUCUUCUUGUGGACUGAGGUUUCCGACAUCCCAGAGAGAUGUUUAUGCAGAUCACUUGGACUGGCAUUAUCGGCAAAAUAGAAGUGAGAAAGAUGUUAGCAGAAAGGUCACUCAUAGACGUUGGUACUGCAGUUUAAGAGCCUGGAUAGAAUUUGAAGAAAUAGCUGAUCUGGAAGAAGGUGCAGAACGCCGGUGUUUCGAAAAGGUUCAUAAAGAGGUUGUCCUCAAAUCUCAGGAGGCUGCUAAAGAAAAGGAGUUCCACAGUGUCCCUGCUGGACCAGCUGGAGCACUUGAGAGUUGUGAAGUCUGUCAAGAACAAUUUGAACAGUACUGGGAUGGAGAGGAGGAAGAAUGGCACUUAAAAAAUGCUAUUGGAGUAGACGGAAAGAUUUACCAUCCAUCGUGUUAUGCAGAUGACCAAAACACAUCUUCUUUUGCUUGUACACCAUCUGCCAUCAAGACGCCAGUUGAAAACCCUUGGAACAUUAUGUUGAACACUGUCAAAAACGAUUUGCAAGAACCCUGUGAAAGUCCCCAAGUUAAGGAAGAGCAAACAGAUGCCCCACCAGCCUGUGCAGAAGAAAGUGUAGCAACCCCCACUGACAUAAAAACAGAAGAGGACACAGUUGAGUCAGUUUAG